UUCCUCUAGAGCGCGCUCUGGGCGCCGCUCCUCCCCGCUGCCUGGCGCGCCGCCGCAGGAGCCUCGGAGAGAGCAAAGACCCGCCUCGCCGCCUCCCUGCCCUGCCCACGCCCAGCGCCGAUCGAGGAAGUUGCGACCGCCGCUAAGUCCGGAGCCUGGAGAAGGAGGAACCCCCUACCCUCGCCGGUUAGCAGCAGAUGCGCUUUUACGCGUGCGAGGAGAAGGGGAGGGGGCUGCUUUCCCCAGGAUAGCAGAAAAACAACUCUCUUCCAAGCUGCAUAACGAGGAUUUCCCAAGUCUCCAAGCUGGACACUCGCCUUUGAGUUUCGACAACUUCAUUUUUGGAUAUUAAAUGUAUCAGAAAGUAGAUUUCUCGAAACGCCUGAGCAGCAGCCCAGAAUGUACUGGUGCGUGGGAACAGAGGACUCUGAGGAUGACAGCAAGAGAGACAUGGCGGCACAAGACGAUCCCAUGGGCAUGGGGGCCAGACAGUCCUCCACUGGAGGUCUCUCCAUCGGCCAGGGUCCAGCGACAGAGACUGUGGAGGGCGCUUACAGAAGUGGAGAAUUCGGUAGAGCCCAGGAGCUGAUUAAAGCAGCGUGUCAGGAGAAUAUCUCGGCAGUGGAGAAGAGCCUCCUCUUGAGUCUUUCCACUGCCUAUGGAGACCUUGAGACCGUGAGGUAUUUGCUGAAAGAAGCAUGCGUGACUUUGCCCCUGGAACCCAACGACGAUAACCCAGCUGUUGUGGCAGCAUAUUUUGGGCAUACAGACGUUGCUAAAGAACUGCUGGAUUCUUUUCAUGGUCCUGCAAACAUGUUGCAGCUCCUGAACUGGAUGCUGGCCAUUGCUUGCCAGCAGGGCCACCUGGACAUAGCCAAGCUCUUAGUGCUGACAUACAAAGCAGACCCCGACAGCUAUGCCUUGAGAAAGAACGAGUUUGCAGCUCUGACACGAUUGCCACUCUAUGCAGCUAUGAAAGCAGGACAUGAAAAGGUUGCUGCCUUCUUGCUUGAGAAUGGAUCCUUCUUUUCUUCCUACGUCCUGGUGGACUGCCCCAGCACAAGCAAACAAGUUCUUCGUAAAUACUUUGUAGAAACAAUCAAGUUACCUGGGAAUGCCCCAGCAAAGACAGCUCUUUCUGUGAACUGGUCGAACCUUGGGCUUCCUUGGGUGGAUCUCGAAUGGUUGAUAGACAUUUCCCACCAGAUAACUGAGCUGGACCUCUCUGCCAAUUGCUUGACCUCCCUCCCUUCUGUUAUCCCUUGGGGACUGAUAAACCUCCAGAAACUAAACCUUGCUGAGAACCGGUUAAACAAACUUCCUGAUGUACAUUCUUCAGAUGGAAUCAUCUGCACAAAGUUGCUUGAGAUCGACAUUUCCAGCAACAGGUUCCUUAUUCUUCCUUCUGGAUUCCUGCACCUUUCCAGACUCCAAAGGCUUGUGGCUUCCAAAAAUUAUCUCGAAAAGUUAUUAGAUGCAGAGAAUGCAGUUAACUGGAUUGGAUUAAGGAAGCUGCAGGAGCUGGACAUCUCUGACAAUAAGUUGUCGGAGCUGCCCACCCUCUUUCUCCACUGUUUGAAAUCCUUGAAUGUCCUGAAUGCAUCCAGGAAUAACCUGAAGGUGUUUCCCCAGCCAUGGGCCUGUCCCUUGAAAUGCUGCAAAGCUGCUAGAAAUGCAAUUGAAUUCCUCCCGGAUACUUUGGCUGUUUUCUGGAAAAAUCAUCUCAGGGAAGUGGAUUUUUCUGAUAAUUCCCUGAAAGAAGUUCCCCAGUGUCUCUUCCAGCUCGAAGCAAUGGUGUCCUUGAAACUCUCAGGAAACCGCUUGGUCACAUUACCUUCUCAGGAGAAGUGGACUUGCAGGCAGCUGAAAUCACUUGAUCUCUCGAGGAACCAGCUUGGAAAAGCUGGCGAAGGGUGCAGAACUAAGCGGAUUUCAUUUUUCACUACAAGGAGCAGAGCACGUUCCGGCACCGAUUCGGGUUCCAACUUGGAGUUUCCUGAAUUCCUGUGCGAGUCUCUGGAAGUCUUGUGUCUCAAUGACAACCAUCUAGACUCCAUCCCACAGUCGGUCUGCCUUCUGAAAGGCUUAUCGGAGCUUUACUUGGGAAAUAACACCGGCAUACAAGAACUUCCUCCUGAACUUGGCCAACUGGUUAAUCUUUGGCAGCUGGAUAUUGAAGAGCUAAAUAUUGGCAACCUCCCUGCAGAGAUCAGAAAAGAGGGCCCCAAGACCAUUUUAGCUUACUUGCGAGCCCAGCUACGCAAAGCAGAGAAAUGCAACCUGAUGAAAAUGAUUGUGGUGGGUCCUCCGCGCCAGGGCAAGUCCACACUGAUUGAGAUCCUGCAGACGGGGAAAGCUUCCCAUUCGAUGCCCAGCGACGGCACCAUCCAGACCACGAAGUGGGAGCUUCAGAGACCGGCUGGACUCAAAUCAAAGGUUGAUUCAGUUGAGUUUAACGUCUGGGAUAUUGGAGGCCCUGCCAGUAUGUCGACAGUCAAUCAGUGUUUCUUCACAGAUAAGGCAUUGUAUGUCGUCGUCUGGAACUUGGCACUGGGGGAAGAAGCUGUUGAAAAUCUUCAGUUCUGGUUGCUAAAUAUUGAGGCCAAGGCUCCAAAUUCAGUUGUGCUGGUAGUGGGGACACACCUUGACUUGAUCGAAACUAAAUUCCGCGUUGAACGGAUCGCCACCCUGAGAGCAUAUGUCCUGGCUCUGUGUCGAUCUCCUUCUGGCCCAAGAGCCACUGGCUUCCCGGACAUCACAAUGAAACACUUACAUGAGCUCUCCUGCAGGACUCUGGAAGGCCUGGAUGGGCUGCGCCAGCUGAUCUACACCAUCACUUGCCAUAUGAAGGACGUUGGGAGUUCUAUUUGCUCACAGAGACUCGUCGGGAGAUUGAUCCCAAGGAGUUACUUGAGCCUCCAAGGAUCCAUCAUAGCUGAACAACUGAACAGAAGUCAAAACGACAACGUACAGUAUCUAACAGACAAGGAAAUAGAGCAAAUUGUAGAGAACACUCGAGGCAAUGACAUCAAAGACUAUGAGGACUUGCAAUCUGCAAUCAAUUUCCUGAUCGAAACAGGGACACUGCUCCACUUCCCAGACACGAGCCACGGAUUGAGAAACCUUUAUUUCCUCGACCCGGUUUGGCUGUCGGAGUGCCUGCAAAGGAUCUUCAACAUCAAAAGCUCAAAGUCGGUUGCGAAGAACGGUGUGAUCAAAGCGGAGGACCUCCGGAUGCUGCUGGUCGGGACGGGGUUCACCACACAGACGGAGGAACAGUAUUUCCAGUUCCUUGCCAAGUUUGAAAUUGCACUGCCGGUAGCCAACAACAGUUACCUCCUUCCCCACCUGCUUCCUGCCAAGCCAGCCCUCGAUAUCCAUGGCUUCCGCCAUCAGACAACCAACACCAUCCAGAGGGUGUUCAAGAUGAGUUUUGUUCCCGUUGGCUUUUGGCAGAGGUUCAUAGCCCGGAUGCUCAUAAGUCUGGCAGAGAUGGACCUCCAGUUCGUUGAAAACAAGAAGACGGGCAAGAGCAGGAAUAAAAGAGCCGCUGUCUACAGCUUCACAGGCACACAGCGCAACAGAUGCAGCACUUUCAGGGUGAAAAGGAACCACACCAUUUACUGGCAAGAGGGGCUGUUUGUCACCUUUGAUGGAGGCUACCUGAGUGUAGAGUCUUCCAAUGUAAACUGGAAGAAGAAGAAAAGCGGCGGCAUUAAAAUCAUCUGCCAGUCAGACAUGAGAGAUUUUUCAGCAAUGGCUUUCAUCACCGAUCAUGUCAAUUCUCUAAUAGACCAAUGGUUUCCAGCACUCACAGCCACAGAGAGCGACGGGACUCUGUUAAUGGAGCAAUAUGUCCCUUGCCCAGUCUGUUCCACCCCUAAAAGUCAAGAAGGAAAAGGCAGCCAAGAAACGGAAGACAUGCAAUACUUCAACAUGGAGGAUUGUGUCCUAACCGCCAUUGAGCUAGACAGCAUCACCUGUGCUCACCACCCGGCCAUACCUGUCCCUUUACAGGAGCUGGUCCCUGAGCUUUUCAUGACAGAUUUCCCUGCCAGACUGUUUCUAGAAAACAGAAAGCUAGAAUACACUGAAAAUGAAAACACUGUUCUUGGCCAAGGAGGAAGCGGAACGGUUAUAUAUCAGGCACGGUACGAGGGGAAGCCAGUAGCCGUGAAGCGAUUUCAGAUUAAAAAAUGCAAGAGUUCUGCUGGUUCGGCUACAGACUCCAUGUUGAGACACCUGCAGGCCAUGGAUGCCAUGAAGAACUUCUCCGAGUUCCGCCAGGAAGCCAGCAUGCUCCACUCACUGCAGCACCCAUGCGUCGUCUCCUUGAUUGGGAUUAGCAUUCACCCGCUCUGCUUCGCCUUAGAGCUGGCUCCUUUGGGCAGCCUCACCACUGUGUUGUCAGAAAGCUCUAAAGGGGCAUCCUUUGUGCCACUAGGGCACAUGUUGACCCUAAAAGUAGCCUAUCAGAUAGCAGCAGGCCUGGCCUACCUCCACAAGAAGAGCAUCAUUUUCUGUGACCUGAAGUCAGACAACAUUCUAGUGUGGUCUCUAGACGUGAAGGAAAGCAUCAAUAUCAAACUAUCUGACUACGGGAUAUCUCGACAGUCCUUUCACGAAGGCGCUCUGGGAGUGGAGGGCACACCUGGGUACCAGGCCCCCGAGAUACGACCUCGGAUCGUCUAUGAUGAAAAGGUGGACAUGUUUUCCUAUGGAAUGGUGCUCUAUGAGGUGUUGUCUGGGCAGCGGCCUGUGCUUGGCCAGCACCAGCUUCAAAUUGCUAAGAAGCUAUCCAAGGGGAUCCGGCCUGUCCUGGGCCAGCCCGAAGAAGUACAGUUCCAUCAAAUGCAGGCGUUGAUGAUGGAAUGUUGGGACACUAAGCCAGAAAAGCGCCCAUUGGCCACCUCUGUGAUAGGACGAAUGAAAGAACCUUCUUUUGCUACGUUCAUGUACCUGCUGCCAUGUGGGAAGCAGUUGUCCUUCUUCUCUUCCCAAGGGGAAGAGUGCACAGUCGUAUUCUGGGAUGGGAAAGAAGACGCAAGGAACUACACGGUAGUUAACGUAGAGAAAGGACUGGUCGAAGUUGCAAGGAUGAGCUGCCCGGGAAUGAAGCUGUGCUGCCAAAUGAAAGUUCAGAGUUAUCUAUGGACAGCCACCGAGGAUCAAAAGAUUUACGUGUACAGCUUACAAGGCAUGUGUCCUUUAAAGGUUCCACAAAAGGGUGUGGACACUCCAGCAGUUGUCACUUGUUUCCUUGCAGUACCUGUCAUAAAAAAGAAUGCCUACCUUGUCCUGGCUGGUUUAUCAGACGGACUGAUAGCUGUUUUCCAAGCACCGCACGGUAUCCCCGAGGACGGCUGCUGCUACCUCUGCUCCCACACGGCCAACCGCUCCACCUUCAAGAUCAGCGACGACGACCCCCGCCAGAACCCUUACCCCGUGAAAGUGAUGGAGACGGCAAACAACGGGGCCGAAGUUUGGUACAGCAACGGCCCUGGGAUCCUCAUCAUAGACUGUGCAAGUAUGGAGAUCGCCAGGAGGCUGGAGCCCUAUGAACCCCCGUCCACGGUUGUGUCCAUUGUGUGCAGCUCAGAGUGCAACGGAGAGGAAGUGGCCUGGUGCCUGGACGACGCAACCAACCUCCUGGUUAUGUAUUACACGGCCACUUACCAGCUGUGUGCAAGGUACUUCUGCGGGGACUGCAGCCCCCUGAGGGACAUGUUCACCAUUCAGCAGCCCUCGGCCUUGAUCCCCGCCGAGCUGGCUACAGACAGGAGCCCGGAGCCCGGGAGCAAUGCUUCUGCUGAUGUGGGGAUCCUCCGCAGCCAAGAGCUUGGCAUCCAGAUAUUAAACCACCAGGACUCCUUGACGGACUAUUGCUCUGUGUCCUCUGUCUCCUCCUCGUCGGUCAACCGCUUGAUGAGGUCUGCCUCAAGCAUGCCGAGCUCCCCUGCAAGCUAUUCCAGCGCUCCUUUCUCGACAGACUGUGAGGAGCCCGACAAGACGCAGGAGCCUAAGACUCCCUGCGAGGGGCCUGACAGUGAUUUGGAACCAGCCAGCACUCACGCUGGCUGCCUCCAGGCUGUAAGGAUUCUACCUGUGAAAGACCUCCUCUGGAUUCCCAGGCAAGGCGGAGAUAUCAUUGUGAUCGGCUUGGAGAAGGAAGCCAUCUCUCAGCGGGGGAGAGUCAUAGCGGUUCUGAAGGCAGCAGAGCUGGCCCCUUAUGGGACACUGGUGGAUGCUGCUGUGCUGACCAAGGACACGGUUGUGUGCUGCUUCAAGAAUGAGGCCACAGAGUGGUGUUUGGCCGCCUGGAAGAGCUGGGGUGCCAAAGACUUUGACAUUUUCUAUCGGUCCUAUGAAGAGCUGGGAAGGCUGGAAGCUUGCAUGCGAAAGAGGAGGUAGCAGUUGUGGCGCAGAGGCAGAGACUGGAUGCCUGGCGAACGACACAAAAACUGACACACAGUUUCAGUUCCCAGCAAUCUCUGUAUGAGGAUCUCCAAGGACACUAGAUGUUUCCUGUUCAAUUUUGCUGCUAAAGGACAUUCUAGGUGGCUACUAGCCGUGAUGGUGAUGGUGUGCCUCCACAGUCAGAGGCAGUAAGUCUCUGAAUACCAGUCGCUGGAAACCUCAGGAGGGGA